AUAUAGCGAACCCAACACAUCGCCGCACACACACCACCACCAUUUCCAAAGAAAAAGAAGAGAAAGCAAAAAAAAAAAAACCCUAAGAUCGAUCGAAGAUGUCAGGCUGGGACGAAGGUGCCGUAUACUACAGCGACCAAGCACAGUUCCCUCACGGCGCCGAUCACGAACAGGCUGCUACUCGCCACACCGUCCUCCGCAAGUUCAAGGAGUUCAUCCGUAACUUUGCUCGUCCUAACGAGCCUAACGUCUUUCCCUACAGAGAAAGCCUCAUUCAAAACCCUAAGUUUCUCCUUGUUAAUCUAUCUGAUCUUCUCACCUAUGACAAAGAUCAAGAUCUACGAGAGUUGCUUCGGAAAAAUCCAUCAGAUUACCUACCUCUGUUUGAAACUGCUGCAGCAGAGGUUAAUGCCAAUCUGAAGUCCAGAGUUGCGGGUGAAACGGGCGAAAUGGAAGAGCCACAGACAGGGGAGGUUCAGAUUCUGUUGAAGUCAGAGGAGGAUCCUGUAUCAAUGAGAUCUCUUGGGGCUCAAUAUAUAUCCAAGCUGGUUAAGAUAUCUGGAAUCACAAUUGCUGCAUCUAGGACAAAGGCUAAAGCAACUUAUGUGCAUUUGGUGUGUAAGAACUGUAAGAAUAUGAAGAUUGUUCCGUGCCGCCCGGGGUUAGGCGGAGCGAUUGUUCCGAGAUCAUGUGACCAUGUAGCACAAAUGGGUGAAACACCAUGCCCCAUUGAUCCAUGGCUCGUGGUUCCCGAUAGAAGCAAGUAUGUUGAUCAGCAGACAUUGAAGCUUCAGGAGAACCCUGAGGAUGUUCCAACUGGGGAGCUACCGAGGAACAUGCUUCUAUCUGUAGACCGACAUCUCGUACAAACAAUUGUACCUGGUACAAGAUUGACUAUAAUGGGAAUUUACAGCAUUUUUCAAGCGGCCAAAUCGUCUUCAAAUCACAAAGGAGCAGUUGCAGUUAGACAGCCGUAUAUAAGAGUUGUUGGAAUCGAAGAAACGAAUGAAGCCACUCGUGGCCCUGCUAAUUUUACCAUGGAAGAGAUUGAAGAAUUUAAAAAAUUCGCAUCAGAAGGUAACGUAUAUGAAAACAUAUGCUCCAAGAUUGCACCAUCCAUUUUUGGUCAUGAUAACGUUAAAAAAGCAGUGGCUUGUCUUUUGUUCGGAGGAUCGAGGAAGACUUUGCCCGAUGGUGUUAGAUUAAGGGGUGAUAUCAAUGUUUUACUCUUGGGGGACCCAUCCACUGCAAAAUCACAGUUUCUUAAGUUUGUCGAGAAGACGGCUCCUAUAGCUGUAUAUACUUCGGGGAAAGGUUCAUCUGCCGCUGGGCUUACGGCUUCUGUCAUUCGUGAUAAUAGCACUCGUGAGUUCUAUUUGGAAGGAGGAGCCAUGGUGUUGGCUGAUGGUGGUGUUGUCUGCAUAGAUGAGUUUGACAAAAUGAGACCAGAAGACAGGGUUGCUAUACAUGAAGCCAUGGAGCAACAAACAAUAUCAAUUGCUAAAGCAGGAAUAACCACUGUUCUCAAUUCUAGAACCUCCGUGCUUGCAGCUGCAAACCCUCCAUCAGGGCGUUAUGAUGAUCUUAAGACUGCACAAGAUAACAUUGAUUUACAGACUACAAUUCUUUCAAGAUUUGACUUAAUCUUCAUCGUGAAAGAUGUUAGGAUGUUCAGCCAAGACAAGAUUAUAGCUUCUCAUAUCAUUAAAGUUCAUGCAUCUGCCAAUGCAAACAAUGAUCCUAGAGACCCCAAAGAAGAUAAUUGGCUUAAGAAGUAUAUUCAGUACUGUCGAACCACAAGUCAGCCUCGCUUAUCAGAUGCUGCAGCCACAUUGUUGCAGGAAAGUUAUGUUAAAAUCAGACAGGAUAUGAGGCGACAGGCAAAUGAAACUGGGGAAUCAACUGCUGUACCAAUAACUGUAAGACAGUUAGAAGCUAUAGUAAGGUUGAGCGAGUCACUAGCAAAGAUGAGACUGUCAAAUGUUGCAAACGAUAAUGAUGUUCAGGAAGCUAUUAGGCUAUUCAACAAUUCAACCAUGGAUGCUGCAAAAUCUGGAUUAAACCAACAUAUUAAUCUUACUCCCGAGAUGGCAAAUGAAAUAAAGCAAGCGGAAAGCCAAAUUAAGAGAAGAAUGGGAAUAGGAAGCCAUUUAUCAGAAAGAAGACUGAUUGAUGAUCUGACAAGAAUGGGCAUUAAUGAAUCAACAGUUAGGAGAGCUUUGAUAAUAAUGCAUCAGAGGGAUGAAGUCGAGUACAAGAGAGAAAGGCGUGUCAUCGUUAGGAAAGCUUAAGACACUUUGACAAAUAUGUGCUAAAAGUUUUAGACUGUAUGGAAGAAGCUUUGAAUCAGAACUUCGAAACUGGGCGAUUAAGUUUGAUUGUCUUAUAUAUUUCAUUGUUGGAUCCACCGUUGAUUUUUAGCUUGUCUUGUUUAUCCACAUUGAGCAGCAUGGUCACACACCAUGGUGUUGUGGUUGGACACAUGUGUUUGACUUGGACAUUUGUUGUUGAUUAACGUUUUAGAAGAUAUGAUAUUAACAUGAGUGAUUAUCUUCAA